UACAUGAGCGCCAGUUGAAGAACCACAAUGCACAAGAACGAUGAAAGAAAUGGGUUGGGCGCAUCUCGGACAGGAUGAGAUAGAAAUGGCUGUUUAAAAGUCACGACUAGGAGCCGCGACGGGACGGGACGGGACGGCCACAAACCGGAGCUGAGAUGGAGGCCGCGUACAGAGAACUUUAUCAAGAGUUUGUACGCCUGAGAUCGCUUUGUCUGAGGCAGGCGGCUCUGUUGAAUCGACUCCUGAAAACAUUACAGCAUGACAAAGGUCUUCCCGCCGAGCGUAUCCAAGCCAAUUUCCAAGGAAACCCGAUAAGCGCGUACAACCCCGCCACGCGAACUGACCUGUGGGCACUCCCCGCAAAUGAGAAGACAUCUGCUCUCCUCGCCGAAGAUACGGCCGCGCUCGAUGGCGAAGCGCAACAGAAGGUGUCGUUAGGGCGGGACGCUUUAACAAAUACCAUUUCCUCCGACGCGCCCGGUGGCAGCGGGAGCCUCCAGGACUCCGGAGGGAUGUCAGACGGCCAGUUAUUUGGCUUCGACCUCCCGAGUCUUCCGGGAGGAUUGCCGACGUCCGACUUGACGCUGCAGUCUCACGAGUGCGACUUUUGCCACGCCGUUUUUCCGGGACACGCGACCACCAGGGGGGAGUUCUUGCAACAUCUCCACAAACACGUGGCCUAGCGACCGCCACCGAGGGAACCGCAUUCGCGAUGAGAUUCUUGACUCUUGACAAGGUGAUGAUGCUGGAACUUUUGUUUGGUGCUGUUCCAGUGAGAUUUACAAAGAUGACUUCCUGAAGAAAAGGUCCAAAUUCCCCCAGUCCUUGAUGGUAUGGGGCUGCAUGUCAGGCAAGGGCACUGGGGAGAUGGCUGUGAUUAAACCUUCAAUAAAGUUUACGUCAAAAUUUUAGACAGCUUUCUUAUCCCUUCAAUUGAAAAUAUGUUUGUCAUUUUUCAAGAUGACAGUGCAUCAUGCCACACGGCUAAAACUCUGAAAGCAUUCCUUGGAGAAAGACCCAUCCAGUCAAUGUCAUGGCCUGCAAAUAGCCCAGAUCUCAACCCUAUUGAAAAUCUGUGGUGGAAAUGGGAAAAAAAUGGCUCCGACCUGCAAGGAUGAUCUGGCAACUGCAAUCAAAGAGAGUUGGCACCAAAUUGAUGAAGAAUACUUAAGUCCAUGCCAUACAGACUGCAAGCUGUUGUAAAAACCAGAGGUGGUGCUACUAAAUACUAGAGAUGUGUUUUGAUUGUUAUUUCUCUGUUUGUUUCUCAUGAUUCCAUAUUUUUUCCCUCAGAAUGGAGUGAUUCCAUAUAUAUUUCCCUGCACUUGCUCUAUGAAAGUAACAUUUACUGACCACCACAAUGUAUUUUAUUCAUUUCUUUUAGUGUUUCUGAAUGCUAAAGAGCAGCACUUUUGAAUUAAUUCUUUUUUUUUUUUUUUUUUCAAGCUUUUUAUCUGAGUUCUACAUGAGAAAAUGUCUGAGUGAGUGCUCGUCUGAGACGGGUGAUUCCAUACUUUUUGCUAGGGGUUUUAGCAGCAACCUGUCUGUUGACACCCCUGAUUUAAGAGGAAGCUGGUAAUUAAACAAAUAUUACGUGACCCUUGAUAAGGUCAAUAAAAAUCUUUGGGGUUUUUUUUCCCCUCAGCCCUGAAGAGUCACUUUUAAUUUUAAUUCUUAAUUUAUUGAUGUGUAAUGUUGUUCUGAUGAUGCAUAUUUGGCACGAAACACAAAACGAAUGAAGAUGAAAGUGAACGGCAUCCUCGCCACAAGCCACCCAAAAAGGCCUUUUUUGCUGAACGUGAAGACGUUACAGGUAAAAAUGUUUUUAAAAACUCAAUAAAAAACCACAAGUACCAUGAGUGCAUCGUACAAAUAACAGGAUAAAAUGUUUAGGAAAAAAAAAAAAGAAGAUGGACAGAAUCAACAGGUUGAAUUCCUUGAUUCAUUUUCUUGAUUUGCUAGAAAAUGAGGAUUAGUAAACCGUUCUAUAUUUGACAUGUUGAAAAGUUACGCCCUUUCU